CUGCAAAAGUUUGAGGUUGCUGACAGUGAGUGGGAAAUUGCCGGUCAACUUCAUGACGUCUUGAAGGAUGCUACCCUCUUCUUCUCUCGAUCAACUCCUAAUCUUGCAACCGUUAUACCCGCAAUGGAUUUAAUCGACACCCGGAUGACCAAGUAUUCUCACGACACGAAAUAUUCUCCAUCAAUUCGCGCGGCAGUUCAACUCGCAAAGAAGACCUUGGACCGAUACUAUGAGCUGACCGAUACAUCAGAGGUCUACAGGAUUGCCAUGAUCCUGCACCCUCGUCAUAAACUGACUUAUUUCAAGUCCGCCGGUUGGGAGCAAGAUUGGAUCAACACCGCAGAAACCCUGGUUCAUGACAAGUUUGAG